ACUUCCGGGUUUCUUAAUACUGCAAGGAGAACGCGAGUAGAUUAGGGUUUCUGUUGAGGGGCUUGAGAUCUCGUUUUGUCCUCCAUUCCCGAAGCCGACAUAGAGUUGAUAUCCGGGACGAGGAAAAGCUGCAGUGUCCCGAGAAGCUGCCUCUCAAGAGUGCUGUCAUUUUCGCAGGCCGGGCCAUAAAGGUGAGCUAGACUAUCUUCCAGAGUCUGAGACUCAGAGCCCCUUCCUCCCCGCAGGCUUUUAUCCUCGCCAUGGCUGAACUGAUCCAAAAGAAGCUGCAGGGAGAAGUGGAGAAAUAUCAACAGUUACAGAAAGAUUUGAGUAAAUCCAUGUCCGGGAGGCAGAAGCUUGAGGCACAACUAACGGAAAAUAAUAUCGUGAAGGAGGAACUGGCCCUGCUGGAUGGGUCCAACGUGGUCUUUAAACUUCUGGGUCCCGUGCUGGUCAAACAGGAGCUGGGGGAGGCUCGGGCCACGGUGGGGAAGAGGCUGGACUACAUCACAGCCGAAAUUAAGCGGUACGAAUCCCAGCUCCGGGACCUGGAGCGGCAGUCAGAGCAGCAGAGGGAGACCCUUGCACAGCUACAGCAGGAGUUCCGGCGGGCCCAGGCCGCCAAGGCAGGGACUCCGGGGGAGGCCUGACCCCCAUGGUGGGGGGCGGGGCGGGGCGGGGCAGCAGUGAGGCCGCUGGAGGGUCUGUACUGUAGGAGGUAAUAAAAUGUAAACAUGUCUGGC